AUGAGUGAUCAGUUGAGGCACGAUUCCGCUGUCCAUCCUAAGAGCCCUGUGUUUGCUCUGUUCCAGGGGAGUGGCCGUGGAGCAGACGGGGAGCUGCCAUCGACGUCCAAGCGUCAAUCCCGAGAUGGCGAAGGACAACCUCCCAGGAGACGCCGGCCGGAGGACGGAGGUGCGUCGGAGACGGACAAGUACGGGCGGACCGCGUUGCAUCGUGCAGCAUUGAGCGGAGACACGGAGAGGAUCAGGGCGCUGCUGGACGGAGGAAUGGACACGAGGGCGAGGGAUCUGAAUGGACAAACGCCCCUCCACCUCGCCCUGUGGUAUGAUAUGGAGGCCGCGGCAGAGCUGCUGGUGGAUGCGGACCGCAUCACGGAUAGUGUGGACAACGACGGGAGCACCCCUCUGCAUCUCGCUGCCAAUGGGGGGUUCGUGAAUGUCAUCCGUAUGCUGCUCGCGGGAGGGGGGGAUGUAAGUGCGAAAGACAGAGAUGGAUGGACGCCCCUCCAUGUUGCCGUGUGCUGGGGGAAGGAGGCCGCGGCGGAGGUGCUGCUGGAGACCGUCCCCGAAUGCGACAUGCCGGACUUUCAGGGCCGCACCCCCCUGCACCUAGCUGCGAUAGAAGGUCUCGUGAGGGUAACGAGAGCCUUGCUGUCGAGGGGUGCGCGUCUGCAGGCUGAAGAUAGAGCUGGACACUGUCCCCUGUACUGUUCCCUGUGGUGUAGACAAAAUGAUGUGGCGAGGGUGCUACUGGCGACCUACGCCUGGAGGUUCAUCGAGAUACAUUGGGAGGAGAUGGAACUCCCGCAGGAUGACGAGGAGCGCGGCGUCCGGCUGCUCUCCGAGUGCGAGGCCGAGUUGAGGGAGGCCCGGGUGGAGGGGUCCCGCCUCUCCCUCCGCGACGUCGCCCGCCGACCCCACUGCCACCUGGCCCGGCGCCUCUCCGACGAGACUAUCCGGCGGCUCUCGGACCGGGACCUCCUGGCGCGGGACUUCCCGCUCUUCGGCGACCUCCUCCUGGCCCGGCUGGGGGAGGUCCGGGAGAGGAGGGCCCUGGAGGACCGCUUCCUGCGCUGCUUCCCCCUCCUCUGCCGGCCCCUGCCCCCCACCUGCACCGACGUCCUCCUCGCGUGCCUGGCGGACGACGACCUGAGGCACUUCGCCCGAGCGGUGGAGAUAUCCUCAAAAGGAAAAAGAAAAAAAUCGAGUAUUUUCACGGAAGUCAAAAAAAGAAAAACUGAAGUCGAAAUGAACUCGGGGAGUGACCGAGGAGCAGAUGGGGAGCUGCCAUCGACGUCCAAGCGUCAAUCCCAAGAUGGCGAAGGACAACCUCCCAAGAGACGCCGGCCGGAGGACGGAGCUGCGUCGGAGACGGAUUGGUUCAGGCGGACCGCGUUGCAUCGUGCGGCAUUGAGCGGAGACACGCAGAGGAUCAGGGAGCUGCUGGAAGGAGGAUGGAACACGAGGGCGAGGGAUCUGAAUGGAAUGACGCCCCUCCACCUGGCCCUGUUGUAUGAGAAGGAGGCCGCGGCGGAGUUGCUGGCGGACGCGGACUGCAUCACGGAUGUGGUGGAUUUCUACAAGCGCACCCCUCUGCAUCUCGCUGCCGAGUGUGGGUUCGUGAAUGUCGUCCGUAUCCUGCUCGCGGGAGGGGCGAAUGCAAGUGCGAAAGACAGAAGUGAAAGCACGCCCCUCCAUUUUGCCGUGAUCUCUAGGAUGGAGGCCGCGGCGGAGGUGCUGCUGGAGGCCGCCGCCGAAUGCGACGGGCCGGACAUGGAAGGCCGCACCCCCCUGCACUACGCUGUGAGAGAAGGUCUCCCGCGGAUAGUUCAAUCUUUGCUGUCGAGGGGUGCGCGUUUGAAGCUUAAAGAUAGAGAUGGACACUGUCCCCUGUACUUGGCCCUGUGGUGUAGACAAGACGAUGUGGCGAGGGUGCUUCUGGCGACCCACGCCUGGAGGAAUAUCGAGGUACAUUGGGAGGAGAUGGGGCUCCCACAGGAGCAAAAGGAGCGCGGCGUCCGGCUGCUCUCCGAGUGCGAGGCCGAGAUGAGGGAGGCCCGGGUGGAGGGUCCCGCCUCUCCCUCCGCGACCUCGCCCACCGACACCCCUCCCGCCUGGCCCAACGCCUCACCUCCUCCUCGUCCGGCUGGGGGAGGUCCGGGAGAGGAGGGCCCUGGAGGACCGCUUCCUGCGCUGCUUCCCCCUCCUCUGCCCGCCCCUGCCCACCACCUGCACCGACGUCCUCCUCGCGUGCCUGGCGGACGACGACCUGAGGAACUUCGCCCGGGCCGCAGAGCUCUAGUCCCUGGCGAAAAAGAAAAUAAAGAUCAGUACUUGAACUGUAUGAAUCUUUUGUUUUUGAGUGUGCCCGAGAUAUUCUGUGUUGACGAAGACUCGAAUUUCGUUGAAGGAAACUAUUUAAACAGAUCCGAAACUGUUGAGGUGCAAUAUAGUGUUCGAUAUCCUCGAAAGGAAAAAGAAAAAAAAUCGAGUAUUUUCACGAGAGUCAAGAAAAGAAAAACUGAAGUCGAAAUGAACUCGGGGAGUGGCCGUGGAGCAGAUGGGGAGCUGCCAUCGACGUCCAAGCGUCAAUCCCAAGAUGGCGAAGGACAACCUCCCAGGAGACGCCGGCCGGAGGACGGAGGUGCGUCGGAGACGGACGAGGACGGGCGGACAGCGUUGCACCGGGCGGCAAUGAGGGGAGACACGGAGGAGAUUAGGGCGUUGCUGGACGGAGCAAUGGACACGAGGGCGAGGGAUGUGGAUGGACGGACGCCCCUCCACCUGGCCCUGUUGUGUUUUGAUGAGUCCGCGGCAGAGCAGCUGGCGAACGCCGACUGCGUCACGGAUGUCGUAGAUAACAACAGGCGCACCCCUCUGCAUCUCGCUGCCAAGAGGGGGUUCGUGAAUGUCGUCCGUAUGCUGCUCGAGGGAGGGGCGGAUCCAUGUGCGAAAGACGGAGAUGAAUGCCUGCCCCUCCAUCACGCUUUGUUAUGGAAUAAGGAGACUGCAGCGAAGGUGCUGCUGGGGGCCGCCCCCGAAUGCGACGAACCGAACAUUGAUGGCUGCUCCCCCCUGCACCUAGCUGCAAAAACAGGUCUCGUGCGGGUAGUUCAAUCUUUGGUGUCGAGGGGUGUGCGGCUGCAGAGUAAAGAUAGAGCUGGACGCUGUCCCUUGUUCUAUGCCCUUUGUUGGAAUACACACGACGGUGUGGCGAGGGUGCUCCUGGCGACGUACCUCUGGAGGAACAUCGAGGUACAUUGGGAGGAGAUGGGGCUCUCGAAGGAUGACGAGGAGCGCGGCGUCCGGCUGCUCUCCGAGUGCGAGGCCGAGAUGAGGAAGGCCCUGGUGGAGGGGUCCCGCCUCUCCCUCCGCGACCUCGCCCACCGACCCCCCUCCCGCCUGUCCCGGCGCCUCUCCGACGAGGCGAUCCGGCGGCUCUCGGACCGGGACCUCAUGACGCGGGACUUCCCGCUCUUCGGCGACCUCCUCCUCGUCCGGCUGGGGGAGGUCCGGGAGAGGAGGGCCCUGGAGGACCGCUUCCUGCGCUGCUUCCCCCUCCUCUGCCGGCCCCUGCCCACCGCCUGCACCGACGUCCUCCUCGCGUGCCUGGCGGACGACGACCUGAGGCACUUCGCCCGGGCCGCGGAACUCUAGUCCCCGAGAUUCCGUUCGGUGCCUCGCGAUGAGAAAGGGAAAUUAAAGAGCACAGGACUUUGCUCGAACUGUAUGAACCUCUUCUUGACUGAACUUUUAUCUGCUGUUGUUUUCGUGAAUUAUUCUGAGACCUUUCAAACAGCUUUGUAUAUCAUGGGCGAAAUGAUUUGUGUGUAUCAAUCACAUAAUAAAAGGAACA